AUGGCUGGUACUACCACCACCAAUGCAGGAGCCCAUCACCAACAACACCACAAUCGUCCAAGCUUUGAUCUGACGCAAUUCUGGCAAGACGAGAUGACUACAACACAAACCUCUGUACCUAAUUUCAGAACACAUCCUUUACCACUUGCGCGUAUAAAAAAAGUCAUGAAGACUGAUCCCGAGGUCAAAAUGAUCAGUGCAGAGGCACCGAUUCUCUUUGCCAAAGCAUGCGAAACGUUUAUAGCAGAGUUGACCAAACGCGCAUGGGUUCAUGCUGAAGAAAGCAAAAGACGCACCUUAUUGCGAUCGGAUAUUGCUAUGGGCAUAUCCAAGACGGACAUGUGUGAUUUCUUGAUUGAUAUCGUGCCGCGGAUGGAGGCGACAGACGCUUCAAAGGUAGAAUUUCAUUUUUAA